AUGACUUGGCUCAUCUUCUUCGGUUUACUUGUUGCUUCCAGGCCUAUUUUGGCGAUUGUUGGUAGGAUUUUCACGUGGUUUCUCAUUAUCAGACUUGGGUACUCCAGAGUGCUCCCUAUAGGGGCCCUUGGAGGGUACCCUCUAGGGGCCCCUAAAGCUUGAAAAAGUGGUCUUUAUAGGGGACAUUCUAGUAGAUGAUUUUCAUGUACUGUAUGCGAAGAAGCCAUUCCAUGCGAAAAACUAAAUGAAUAAGCGUUUUUUGAAAGAAGUUGAAAGACCCCUAUAGGGACCACUUAAGCUUUAGCGACUAAGGGGUCAGACCCUAAACCCUUAUAGGGACCAUCUUGAUUUUAUCCCUAUAGGGACCACUUCGAAAACUUAAGGAAAAGGAAAUUAAGUCUGUUCGAAUUUCUCUACUGUAUUUAGAAAAGAAGAAAUUGAAAAACAUUCACUUUUUAAGGUUUGGGAAAAAAUCCCUAAACAACACUGCUACCUAGUUUCUAAAACCUAACCUUACAGGUGGGGUUCCAGUCAAAAUUUUCGAUCCAGAUCAACUAGGCAUCGUAAAAUCACUAGCCGAGUUCGAACAGUGGAAAACGUUGAGAAACUCCCAUUUGGAACAAUUUGAAGGUAUUUCUCCAUUUCAUUUCUCCUGAAGUGACUCCUCAAAGAUUACCCACUCGGAUGGCCGUCAUUUGGCUGUGAGAGACCCAAAAGACCAACUGCGAGGUCAGUUCAUCGGCUGACCCCUGGAGACAUCGAAAUAAUCGCCGCCUUGGGUGAUUCGUUAACAGUUGGUAAAACAUUAGCUAGUAGCAAAAUAAGGAUGUUUCCAGGUUGGUCAGGCCGCUUUAUCGACAAGCCUUUCUGAUAUCGGAAGUCUUUUCACUGGAAUCAACUUUGCAACAGGCACGGCACGUUCACUUGAUCAUACAGCCAGUCUCGCAAGUUAGUUUCUUUAAUCAAAGUAACUAAUUCCUCUCAAACUCCUUUCAGACAUACUACAAUACUACAAUCAAAACCUUAUCGGUGGAUCGAGCAAGUUGAAAAAUCAUGGAAAUGCGGGGAUUGGAAUGAAUUUCGCGAAAAGUGGGGCUACAGCUCUCGACCUUCCGCGCCAAGUUUUUGCGCACUUUUUCUUAAAGAUUAUUUCAAACCGCAUCAGGCAAAAGAACUCGUCAAGUAUAUCUCUGGAAUUAAAAACAACGACCGGAAAUGGAAGUUCGUCAAUGUUUUCAUAGGUUCCAACGAUUUGUGCAGCGUCUGCCUCAAUGAGGUUUUUUCUCAGAGAGUAUUCAACUGAAAAUUGAUUUCAGACAUUGUUUGGAUCCGAAAACUAUGGAAGGACUUUAUUAAAGUCUUUGAACAUUCUCAGGUCGGGAAUCAAAAGACUAUUCGUGAACGUGAUGCCUGCCUUCAAUGUCGAUGUAAUACGGAGAACUCACAACAUCAGUGACUUCUGUCAGACAAUUCACAGGUCAGAAACUCUCAUUCCAGUUGCGCAGACUCAAUUUCCUUUUCCUUAGUAAAGUUCAAUUAGUUCUCUAACUGCCCCGCAUACCAUCAAAAAAAUGCAGACAGGUUAUAAAUUUCUUUUUAAAAUGGCUUUUUUGAAGUGGUAACGGCAGUAGUCGAUAUCAUUACCUCCUUUGAAAAAAAAGUUAAAGGAAUUGGGUAAUUCAUGGCGAAAUGUUACAGAGUGGCUUGCCCUUGCCUUUUCGAAAUGAGCUCCGCCGAACUGAGAGCGAAAAAACAAGAACAAUUUGCGGAGAUGCUGAAGAUCGUCUCCAGCUUCCCGAACAACGACGACGAUUUCGCGGUGGUUGUGUCGCCGGCGUUGGAAACUGACAAACUGCCUACUCUACCCGAUUCUACCUUGCCAAACACGGCUUUUCUGGCUCUCGACUGUUUCCACUUUUUUCACGUUGCGCAUGACGUCGUCGCCAAGCAAAUCUGGAAGGGACUGUUCGAGCCAGUUGGCGCCAAGUCCAUCACGGACUUCUCACAACUCCAACCAGCUCUCUGGGACUGCCCGCCGCCGGUUCAGUUCAAAAAAUGAAAAAUAUCAAACAAAACACUCUUCAGAACUGUCCCUACUUUGCAACUGCAAACAAUACCGAACUUUGCAAGAAAGCAUUGUAUCGACCACCGUCCUUGCCUGAGCAACGCUUCAGGGCUAGUUCUGAAUAUAAGAAAUGAAACAAAAACAAUCUUUUUCAGCUCUCUGAGACUAGACUUCUAGUGAAAUCGCCCAAAGCACAGAACCAAACCGUAAUCCCUUGGAUAAUUUUGUCGAUUGGUAGCACAUUUAUAGGUCCACCGAAGCUUUAAACUCAAAUUACAGUUGCGAUGAUCGGAGUGACUUCAGCUUUUGUCGUAACAACUGUUUUCCGCAGAAGGAUGCGUGAUGGAGAAAUGCAGCCUCUUCUUGUCCGUAUGGAUAUACGUGAUCAUAUUUUCUAG